ACCUAAAUUUUUUAUAGAUAACAAUGUGUACUGUGCAACAGAACGAAAAUUAACAAAAUACUCGGUUAACGAAUCUUGUUUAUUAUAAGCUAAAAGCAGAUCAUGGUGUGGUUAUCUUAAAAGUGCUUAAAACUAUAGUCCCAUCGUGUAUGAUUCAUUCGCGACUCGGUAGUCAUUACAGAACGUUCGACGAUUAUUGAAUUGUUUAUAAUUUAUGUUUUACUGUGAAAUAGUUGGUGAUUUUUUUCUUCUAAAGACACAAUAUGGCGGGUAACGCCGGUAUGGAACAUUUAAUACCGAUCGUGAAUAAGUUACAAGAUGCUUUUACUGUACUGGGUGUGAACUUAAGUCUCGAUUUACCUCAGAUCGCCGUGGUGGGGGGACAAUCAGCUGGAAAAAGUUCCGUUUUAGAAAAUUUCGUCGGAAGAGAUUUUUUACCGAGAGGAUCGGGAAUCGUAACCAGGAGGCCGCUUAUCCUUCAACUGAUUCAUUCCAAAUUUGAAUAUGCCGAAUUCCUACAUAACAAGGGAAAGAAAUUCACCGAUUUCGAUGAGGUUAGGAAAGAAAUCGAAGCCGAAACUGAUAGAAUUACUGGAAACAAUAAAGGAAUUUCAACGCUUCCCAUAAAUCUGAAAAUUUAUUCCCCGCACGUCCUGAAUUUAACACUGAUAGAUUUACCGGGGAUGACGAAAGUACCGAUAGGAGAUCAACCAGCUGACAUCGAACAACAAAUCAGAAAUAUGAUUUUGCAAUUUAUCAAAAAAGAAUCUUGUCUGAUUUUGGCGGUAACGCCUGCCAAUACCGAUUUAGCGAAUUCAGAUGCUUUACAAAUUGCAAGAGAAGUUGAUCCGCAAGGAUAUCGUACAAUAGGAGUGAUCACAAAACUAGAUAUUAUGGAUGAAGGUACAGACGCUAGAUUAAUUCUAGAAAAUAAAUUAUUACCCCUAAGACGAGGUUAUGUCGGGGUCGUAAAUCGUUCGCAAAGAGACAUCGAUGGUCAAAAAGAUAUCAAACUCGCUUUGGAAUCCGAAAGAAAAUAUUUUUUAGGACACCCAGCUUAUAGACACAUUGCAGAUAAACUUGGAACGCCAUAUUUACAAAAAGUUUUGAAUGAACAACUAACGAAUCAUAUUAGAAACACAUUACCCUCAUUGAGAGAUAAAUUACAAAAACAAAUGAUCAUUUUGGAAAAAGAAUUAGGAGAUUUUAAGAAAUUCAGUCCGGACGAUCCAAGUUUGAAAAACAAGGCGUUGUUACAGAUGAUCCAACAAUUUGCGUUGAGUUUCGAAAAAGUGUUAGAAGGCUCUAGAUCGGACGACGUCAAUACGACGGAACUCUCGGGUGGUGCCAAAAUUAAUUGUAUAUUCCACGAACGAUUCCCUUUCGAAAUAGUCAAAAUGGAAUUCGACGAAAGCGAAUUAAGACGAGAAAUAGCGAUCGCCAUUGCCAACAUACACGGAAUCAGGAUCGGGCUUUUUACACCCGAUUUAGCUUUCGACGCUAUAGUUAAAAAACAGAUAGCUAGACUUAAAGAACCGUGUCUAGAAUGCGUCAACCUAGUAGUAACCGAAUUAAUAAAUAUCAUUCGUACGUGUACAGAUCAGAUGUCGAGGUUUCCGAGAUUAAAAGAAAUAGUAGAGAGGAUAAUAACGAAUUAUUUAAGACGAAGAGAAGAAUUUUGUAAAGACCAACUUUCGGUUUAUAUACAUUGUCAAUUGUCAUAUAUGAAUACGAACCAUGAAGACUUUAUAGGAUUCGCUAAUGCUGAAAAUCAAGCUAAAAAAUCAGUUCCGGUCAGCAACGAUCAUUUAGGUAAUCAAGUGAUUAGAAAAGGUUAUAUGACGUUGCAUAAUCUAAGUAUUAUAAAAGGAAGAAGCUUCUGGUAUGUUCUGUCUUCGGAUAAUUUGGCGUGGUACAAAGAUGAAACGGAAAAGGAAAUUCAGUACAUUUUACCUUUAAAUAAAUUGAGAUUAAGGGAUGUCGGAUCUGGUUUUAUAAAUAAGAAACCAACUUUUGCUUUAUUCUUACCCAACGGCGCUAAUGUCUAUAAGGAUUACAAACAAUUGGAACUGAGUUGUAGUUCGUUAGACGAUAUGAAUUCGUGGAAAGCGUCGUUCUUAAGAGCCGGCGUUUACCCCGAAAAGCCGAUCAACGAUGAAACAGAAGAAGAUAACGCGAUAAUAGAUAACGACGUCGAUCCUCAACUUAAAAGACAAGUUGAAGUGAUAAGAAAUUUAGUGGAAAGUUACAUGUCGAUAGUGAGCAAAGCCACCAAAGAUUUAGUUCCCAAAAUAAUCACGAAUUUAAUAAUUAAAAAUACAAAAAUGUUUAUAUUCGAAGAGUUACUCGUCAAUAUUUAUGCUCAAGAAGAUCGGAUUAAUUUAUUAGAAGAAUGUCCGGCGGAAGUUAAAAAACGAGAAGAAAAAAUGGCGAUGUUUCAAGCUUGUAAAUCAGCUUUAGAUAUAAUAGGUGACUGUACGAUGAAAUGUUCUAGUAAUACUUUAAUUAAUAAAGAAGAAGAAAAUCACUAUUCCAUAUCAACUGUUUCUAAUAAACCGACAAUAGCGACUAAAAAAAAUUAUAGAUUAUCAACACCACCUCCAGUAUUUUCUAGACCAGCUCCGCCGCCGCCUCCAGGAAAAUUGAGGAAAUAUAAGACCUACAGCCAAAAUUAUCGACAACCAAUCUACCAAAGUGAUUUUGUAAGAAAUACACCACAAGUUGCAGUAAAUUCGAGAGCUUGUCCAGAAAAAAACGGUCGUUUCCCCACUAGCACUUGCGAUGGAUACAUAGAAUGCAAAGAUGGAGUUGCCGAAGAAAAAGUAUGUCCGGACGGGCUUCUAUUUAACGCUGCGUCAGACAUAUUCGCAUUCCCAUGUCAGUAUCCCAUUGACGUAGACUGUACAGGAAGAGAACAAACACAUCCCGCUCAACCAACAGACGAUUGUCCCCACCAAUUCGGUUAUUAUAGAAUGGGAGACGAAGCUAAUUGUGGAAAAUUUAUAAAUUGCGUCGAUGGACACGCGUACGUAUUCGAUUGUCCCGAAGGAUUGGCGUUUAAUGGAGAAACGUACAGAUGCGAUUGGCCCGAUAAAGUAUCAACUUGUAACGCUGAAGCUUAUUUGGGCUUCAGUUGUCCCCCAGACGCUAAAUCGUUGGGGUUAGGUUUAGGAGACGAAGAAUAUAGAUAUUUCAGAUCUCCUCACGAUUGCCAACAUUAUUAUCUUUGCAUUCAAGGAAAACCAAGGAUAUAUAAUUGUGGAGAAAAUCAAGCGUUCAAUGACAUCACUAAUAGUUGUGACGCCAUUGAAAAUGUUACGGGGUGUGCUAUACCCGUUAAUAAUUAUAACGAGGAAUUUAAUUCUAAAAGAAAACCGGUAUAUAAUACGAAUUUCAGACUUUCUGGUUAGAUAGAAUUGUACACAAUGUUUUUUUUUAUAUUUGUACAUAUUAUAAUAAAGAAAAUAAAACAAAAAAA